UCAGCAGUUUCUGCUUCAUCUUCAGCAGUUUCUGCUUCAACUUCAGCAGUUUCUGCUUCACCAUCAGCAGUUUCUGCUUCAGCAUCAGCAGGUGCUUCAUCUUCAGCAGCUUCUGCUUCAACUUCAGCAGUUUCUGCUUCAACUUCAGCAGUUUCUGCUUCACCAUCAGCAGUUUCUGCUUCAUCUUCAGCAGUUUCUGCUUCACCAUCAGCAGGUGCUUCAUCUUCAGCAGCUUCUGCUUCAACUUCAGCGGUUUCUGCUUCACCAUCAGCAGUUUCUGCUUCAUCUUCAGCAGUUACUGCUUCACCAUCAGCAGGUGCUUCAUCUUCAGCAGCUUCUGCUUCAACUUCAGCAGUUUCUGCUUCACCAUCAGCAGGUGCUUCAUCUUCAGCAGCUUCUGCUUCAACUUCAGCAGUUUCUGCUUCACCAUCAGCAGGUGCUUCAUCUUCAGCAGCUUCUGCUUCAACUUCAGCAGUUUCUGCUUCCCCAUCAGCAGUUUCUGCUUCAUCUUCAGCAGUUUCUGCUUCAACUUCAGCAGUUUCUGCUUCACCAUCAGCAGGUGCUUCAUCUUCAGCAGUUUCUGCUUCAACUUCAGCAGUUUCUGCUUCACCAUCAGCAGGUGCUUCAUCUUCAGCAGGUUCUGCUUCAACUUCAGCAGUUUCUACUUCACCAUCAGCAGUUUCUGCUUCAACUUCAGCAGUUUCUGCUUCAUCUUCAGCAGUUUCUGCUUCAACUUCAGCAGUUUCUGCUUCACCAUCAGCAGUUUCUGCUUCAUCUUCAGCAGUUUCUGCUUCAACUUCAGCAGUUUCUGCUUCACCAUCAGCAGGUGCUUCAUCUUCAGCAGUUUCUGCUUCAGCUUCAGCAGGUGCUUCAUCUUCAGCAGCUUCUGCUUCAACUUCAGCAGUUUCCGCUUCAUCUUCAGCAGCUUCUGCUUCAACUUCAGCAGUUUCUGCUUCACCAUCAGCAGUUUCUGCUUCACCAUCAGCAGGUGCUUCAUCUUCAGCAGUUUCUGCUUCACCUUCAGCAGUUUCUGCUUCAACUUCAGCAGUUUCCGCUUCAUCUUCAGCAGUUUCUGCUUCAACCUCAGCUGUUUCCGCUUCAUCUUCAGCAGCUUCUGCUUCAACUUCAGCAGUUUCUACUUCACCAUCAGCAGUUUCUGCUUCCACAUCUUCAGCAGUUGCUUCAUCUUCAGCAGUUUCUGUUUCAGCACCAUCGGCAGUUGCUUCUUCACCUUCAGCAUUUUCUGCCUCGCCAUCAGUUGCGGGUGGUUCGUCCUCUGCUGCUUCACCUUCAGUGAUUGCUUCUCCUUCUCCUUCAGCAGCUGCUUCAUCUCCUGCAUUUGCCUCCAUCUCGUCGCCCUCCUUCCCCUCCCCGGCCAGCGCGUCCGCAAGACUGUCUCUGAGCAGCGACAGUUCCGCCGUCGUGCCGAGUCCUUCGUCGCGCGAGUGA